CCGCAGCAGGCUGAGCGGCGCUGCUAGUGUCAGAGCCGGGCGAGCGCUGGCAGUUCCGCGGCGGGGAUGCUGAAGAGCGCUGGUUUGGCGAGCAGCCGUGGCCACUGCGGACUUCCGAGGCACUCCGGGCCGUGAAAACCCCUGGGCCGAGGCCAAUCCCAGGCUCCCGAGGCCAUUCACCGUUCUAGAAGCCGGCCGAGGGGAGAGUCCGGCGGAGAAGCUGCUGUCCGGAUUCUGGGCUUUCGGAGUGUUCUGGAACCCCGAGAGACACCCCGGGGCUCUAGAACCUCCCCAGCGGCCCCCAGUCCCCGCUUCCUGUGUGCGUCCGUCCCAAACCCCCUCGGGUGCACGGGUCACCGGCGAGCCGUGACCGGAUCCUGGCACACACCAUGAUCGUUGCAGACUCCGAGUGCCGCGCAGAGCUGAAAGGCUACCUGCCGUUCGCCCCGGGCGGCGGCGGCGGCGGCCCCGGGGCCGGAGAGGAGCAGAGGGAAAGCCGGGCUCGGCGAGGCCCCCGAGGGCCCAGUGCCUUCAUCCCGGUAGAGGAGUCCCAACACAAUGAGUGCGUUGGUCUCUUUGGUGCAGAGAGCGGGCCGGGAACCCACCCUCUCGCCUUGGUUUGGCAGGUCCUUCAGGAGGGACCAGAGAGCCUGGAGCAGCACCUGAGGCUUGAGGCACUGAUGUCCUCGGGGCGGGUGGACAACCUGGCUGUGGUGAUGGGCCUGCACCCUGACUACCUUACCUGCUUCUGGCGCCUGCACUACCUCUUGCUACACACAGAUGGGCCCCUCGCCAGCUCCUGGCGCCACUACAUUGCCAUCAUGGCUGCCGCCCGCCACCAGUGUUCCUACCUGGUGGGUUCCCACAUGGCCGAGUUUCUGCAGACUGGCGGUGACCCUGAGUGGCUGCUUGGUCUCCACCGGGCCCCCGAGAAGCUACGCAAGCUCAGUGAGAUCAACAAGUUGCUGGCACACCGGCCGUGGCUCAUCACCAAGGAGCACAUCCAGGCCUUGCUGAAGACAGGCGAGCACAGCUGGUCUCUGGCCGAGCUCAUCCAGGCCCUGGUCCUGCUCACCCACUGCCACUCACUGGCCUCCUUCGUGUUUGGCUGUGGCAUCCUCCCUGAGGGGGACUCCGAAGGCAGCCCUGCCCCCCAGGCACCUUCACCCCCCAGUGAGCAGAGCAGCCCCCCCAGCAGGGACCCACUGAACAGCUCUGGGGGCUUUGAGGCUGCCCGGGACGUGGAAGCUUUGAUGGAACGCAUGAGGCAGCUGCAGGAGAGCCUAUUACGGGAUGAGGGAGCAUCCCAGGAGGAGAUGGAGAGCCGCUUUGAGCUGGAGAAGUCAGAGAGCCUUCUGGUGACUCCCUCAGCUGACUUCCUGGAGCCCUCUCCACACCCAGACAUGCUGUGCUUUGUGGAGGACCCCACGUUUGGAUAUGAGGACUUCACCCGGCGAGGAGCUGAGGCGCCCCCCACCUUCCGUGCCCAGGAUUACACCUGGGAAGACCACGGCUAUUCAUUGAUCCAGCGGCUUUACCCGGAGGGUGGGCAGCUGCUGGAUGAGAAGUUCCAGGCAGCCUACAGCCUCACCUACAACACCAUCGCCAUGCACAGUGGGGUGGACACGUCCGUGCUCCGCAGGGCCAUCUGGAAUUACAUCCACUGUGUGUUUGGUAUCAGAUAUGAUGACUAUGACUACGGGGAGGUAAACCAGCUCCUGGAACGGAACCUCAAGGUCUAUAUCAAGACUGUGGCCUGCUACCCCGAGAAGACCACGCGAAGAAUGUACAACCUCUUCUGGAGACACUUCCGCCACUCAGAGAAGGUCCACGUGAACUUGCUGCUCCUGGAGGCCCGCAUGCAGGCCGCCCUGCUCUACGCCCUCCGUGCCAUCACUCGCUACAUGACCUGACUGCGAGCAGGAUCUGCGCCCCGAGCAGCUGCCCCUGGGGGCAUCCUCCUCCCUGCAAGGACUUCUCUGUCUGGAGACGGACCUGAUCCCUCUCUGUCCCAGGCCCUCCCACCCCACUCUGGAGGUGGGCCUGUGUGCGACAUGCAGCCCCUGAGCCGUACCCUCCCUUUCUCUCACUGGAAUGGACAGGAUCGUUGCAUUGACUCUGGGAUCACGGUUCUACCCCUGGGAGCUGGAAGGGGACUAGCAGAUCCCCAGGGACCAUGCCCUCCUUCCUGCCCCUGACCUCAGAGGCAGAAGGCUCAGGAAGGGAAAUGAGCUGAGCAGUCUGGGCCACAGGCAUCACCAGUCCUGUGGCCUUCCUGGCCUGGGAAGUCUCUGGCUGGGCCAAAGAGGAGAGGGACAAGUACCUCCAGGGACUGACACUCCAAGCAGCUUUGCCUUUCCUCCUCCUCCCUUGCUCCCAGAUCUCAAAACCUCUCCCUUGCCGUUCACCCAUCAAUGUGAAAGUCAGUGUCACAGCGGGACUGUGUGUUCCGCUCCCCAAAAGCCUGUUCUGACAGGCAGUCUGAACACCCCUUUUCCGGGCGGCCCUAACCCUGGUUUAGCACCUUUGACCUUUGACUUCCCCUUCACCCUCUUACCCAUUUCCCCCCUGCCUGCUGGUAGGAGGCCCCAGAAGAGAGCCCAAGCCCCUCAAAAAAGUAGAUUAUCUCUAGAGAGUUUGGGGUGUCUAUGUGUCCCUUUGCCUUCCGAAGAGAAGGGAGUAUUACCAGUGCUCUAUUUCUGGUUCUUUCUGGGGGAGGUUCUUCGGGACCUCACCUCGAUAGCCACAGUCAAUGCCUGAGAGGAGGACAGGGAGAAAUCUGUUCUCCCCAGAACCA